CAUUGGCGGCAAUAAGAGGCAGCAGUAGGGACAGCAGCUGCGGCAGCACUCGAGCCAGCUCCAGUCACAGUUCGCCCGGGGAGUCAGGCCCCCGUCCCUGCCCACAGCCAUGGACGUCUUCAAGAAGGGCUUCUCCAUCGCCAAGGAGGGUGUGGUGGGCGCCGUGGAGAAGACCAAGCAGGGGGUGACAGAGGCUGCUGAGAAGACCAAGGAGGGUGUCAUGUAUGUGGGAGCCAAGACCAAGGAAGGUGUUGUGCAGAGUGUGACCUCAGUGGCUGAGAAGACCAAGGAGCACGCCAACGCCGUGAGCGAGGCCGUGGUCUCCAGUGUCAACACCGUGGCCACCAAGACCGUAGAGGAAGCAGAGAACAUCGCUAUCACCUCCAGAGUGGUGCGCAAGGAGGACCUGCAGCAACCUGCCCCCUCGCAGGAGGACGAGGCGCCCAAAGUGGAAGAGGAAGUGGCUGAGGCGACCAAGAGUGGAGGAGAUUAGAGGGCUGCAGGUGAGCUCGGAGGCCAUGGUCCCCACGUCCUUCCCUGGCUGCCCACAGGCUAGUCCUCCCAUGCUGCCGCCACCACCAUCACCUGCCUCCCUUGUUCCCUCACCCCCUCUGGUCCUUCUGACCCCACCGAUGCUGCUAUGAAUUUUUUUUUUAAUGAUUCCAAAUAAAACUCAAAUCCCUACUGCAUA